AUGCUAACAUUGUACUGGGAUACCGCUGGCCAGGAACGCUUCCGAACCAUCACAUCCUCGUACUACCGCGGCGCCCACGGCAUCUGCGUCGUCUACGAUGUCACCGACAUGGACUCUUUCAACAACGUAAAGCAGUGGCUGCAGGAGAUUGACCGAUACGCAACCGAGGGCGUCAACAAGCUGUUGGUGGGCAACAAGUCCGAUAUGGCGGACAAGAAGGUUGUCGAGUACACCGUAGCAAAGGAGUUCGCAGACAGCCUCGGCAUCCCCUUCCUCGAGACCUCCGCAAAGAGCGCCACCAACGUCGAGCAAGCUUUCCUUACCAUGGCCCGCCAGAUCAAGGAGCGCAUGGGUACCACAACCGCCAACACCAAGCCCACAGUCCCCAUCGGCCAGGGACAGGGUGUCCAAAACGGAUCUGGCGGUGGUUGCUGCUAG